CCCAUACGGACGCAGCGUAUAAAAAGCAGCGCACAUCUGGGAUUUGGCAUACAUUCACUUAGUGUACGUCAUGGCAGCAACAACCUCCUCUUCCGCCUCCGCAUCAGCAGCCUAUGCGCUCUACUUGCAUCGCGCCGAAUUGCAGCGACGCCGCACGCACUACGCCAAAGUAUCGCAAACGAAAAUACGUUUGACUAAUCAGCUCAUAGACAAGCUGCGACAGCGCAUGGAAAGCUGCACCUACGAGGAUCUACAGAUACUUGUCAGAGAGACAAAGUUCAAGCGCAAUCUGGAGGAGAAGCUCAGGCAUAGACAGAAGCAGCUCAAAGCAAUUGCCAAGAAGUCCAAGCAGCUGAAGCGACUGCAAUAA